UAUUUGAGAAACCUUAAAGCCCUUUUUCUCGUCUUCAAAACCGCACCCUAUUCUCUCUAUACGCACAGCAUUUGUUCUUGAAUCUCUCUGUAUUCGAGAGAGAGAAAGUAGAGAGAGAAAGAGAAAGAGAAAGAGAAUGUUCCACCCGAAGCAGCAGAAGCCAUCAAGUAUGAAUUCUCAUCACGAGCGCCCCAUGUGCGUUCAAGGAGACUCGGGUCUCGUCCUCACUACUGACCCUAAGCCCCGCCUCCGCUGGACUGUCGAACUCCAUGAACGCUUUGUCGAUGCUGUUACUCAGCUCGGCGGCCCUGACAAGGCGACGCCGAAGACCAUCAUGAGAGUUAUGGGGGUGAAGGGUCUCACGCUUUACCAUCUCAAGAGCCAUCUUCAGAAAUUCAGGUUGGGGAAGCAGCCCCACAAGGAUUUCAAUGAUCACUCAAUGAAAGAUGGUGAGAGAGCUUCAUCUUUAGAACUUCAACGAAACAAUGCAUCGUCUUCUGGAAUUCUGGGCCGCAGCAUGAAUGAUGGCAGUAAUGUUCACAUCACUGAUGCAAUUAGGAUGCAAAUGGAGGUCAACAGAAGACUCCAUGAACAAUUGGAGGUUCAAAGACACCUGCAACUCAGAAUUGAGGCUCAAGGCAAAUACAUGCAGACAAUUCUUGAAAAGGCUUGCCAAACACUCGCCGGCGAGAACAUGGCUUCUGGUAGCUACAACAAGGCCAUGGGGCCUGAUAUCUCAGGCAUGAAAGAUUUCGGGCCAGCGGCCAUGAAUUUUCCAUCCCUCCAGGAUCUCAACAUAUAUGGAGCCACUGAUCAUCUGGAGCUCCACCACCAAAACAUGGACAGAUCAUCCAUUGAUCCCUUCAUGCACACUAACAACGACAGCAUGAUGUUAAGCAAAAAGAGGCCUAAUCCAUACAGCAACAACAGUGGCAAGAGCCCUUUGAUCUGGGCCGACGAUCUGAGGCUCCAAGAACUGGGAACUCCAGCGGCAGCACCCUGCCUUGAUGAUCAUCACCAAAUCCAGAUUGCCCCUUUGUCAAUUGAUAGAGGCAGCGACAUCGAUUCAGUUUCAGAUAUUUAUGAGACUAAGCCUAUUCUAUCUGGAGACCAUCAUGAUUCUAUGGGGGACAAGAAAUUUGACGCUUCUGCAAAGCUCGAGAGGCCGUCACCUCGUCGUAUGGCCGAUAGGAUCACCAACCACGCAGCCAUCAGCGCCGGUGGCAUAACACAAGGCCGGAGCUCGCCCUUCGGCUGAAUCCAUCACGAACAGAUAUAAUAAUAUACAUUUAACUUCUCUUUACAUGUUUUCUUGAAAUGAUAUGGCUUUCAGUAUAACUAAUGGCUCUAAUUAUUUAGGGGGUUUGGAUUUUUAACAUGAUCAGAAGUCGUAAUGAGCAAAAUGCAAAAAUGAGCACCUUAUGGUGCCAUUUUGCUUCA